AUGGCGGAUAAUCUUUCAAAAGCCGAGGGACUUGAGGUGUCCAGUCAAGAUGUGAUCGAUGAGAAGACUACUGCUGUCAUUUCAACUUCAGAGGAUAAAUCUGAUGUCACCAAGGAUGAAAUCAAUGGCGAGACCGAUCGCGACAGCGCCGAGGUCGUCAUCGUCACCGGUGCCGACGCAGCUCAGCAUCUUCUGCCACUUCGGGAUGACUUUGAGCAGACUGUGACAUUUCGCAGUAUUCUUUUGGCCUCACUGCUAGCCUGCUUCCAGGCUGUGAUGUACCAGAUCUAUAUGUUCAAACCGACCGCGAUCACUAUUCAAGGAACUUUCAUUGUUCUUAUCUCAUACUUUGUUGGAAAUGCAUGGGCGAAGUUUCUUCCUCGCGGCGACAAGUUCAAGGCUCGUUGGAUACAAAAUGGGGGCCAAGGCAAACUUCCAUUUUAUAUUACGGUCAUCGAGUUCAUCAACCCAGGGCAAUGGACUUUAAAAGAGCAUGCAAUCUGUGCCAUUACUGCUACCUCUGCCUCUAAUGCUGCCACUACUUCGGAGGUUUUUGCGGCACAGGAACUAUUCUAUGACAUGAAGUUGAGCGCUACGACGGUGAUCCUGACUAUUAUCUCUAUUGGCCUGUUUGGCUACGGCCUUUGUGGCUUAAUGCGUCCCAUUGCAGUGUGGCACGUCGAGGCCGUCUACUGGAGUACGCUGCCUACUGUCAAGACCCUCCAGGGGCUGCAUUGGCAACAAGUGAAGAAUUCUAAGCCCCUGAGAUACUUCUGGUAUGCUUUCAGCGGCAUGGCCCUCUACGAGACAAUUCCUGCCUAUAUUUUCCCAUGGCUGAAUUCCGUUUCAAUCCCCUGUCUAGCUGCCCAGAAGGCUACUGGUAGCACAGCGACGACUCUAACGAAUAUUUUCGGCGGAGCUACCAAUAAUGAGGGCAUGGGUCUAUUCUCUAUCAGCUUCGACUGGCAAUAUAUCACAUCCUUCCAAACUUCGCUUCCCCUCAAGUUUCAGAUUCAUCAAGCUGCUGGUUUUGCGGUCUGCUUGAUAGCUAUGGCUGGUAUCUACUGGGGGAAUGGCUGGGAUGCGCAGUCCUUACCUUUCAUGUCCACCAAGCUGCUCACGGAAAAUGGUACGAAGUAUCCCAUCACAAGCGUAUUCCCUGGUGGGGUGCUUGACACGUCUGCCCUGGAGAAGUAUGGUAUCCCAAGAUUGUCGGGGACAUUUGCAUUCGCUUUGUUUAUGGCCAACGCUGCAAUUGGCGCUUUGAUAGUGCACUGUAUUCUCUUCUGGGGAUCAGACAUUAAGCGGGCGUACAAAAGCGCCAAAGCUGGCAGAUUUGAUGAUCGUCACCACGAACAUAUGGCUAAGCACUACAAGGAGACCCCGUGGUGGUGGUACGUGGUUGUGCUUGUUGUCAGUUUCUUCCUUGGCCUUGUCGUGGUUCUCAAAGAGGACAUUGGUAUGCCCGCAUGGGCCUAUGUCGUUGCACUAGUGGCUGGAACAAUCAUCGCUCCAUUUAGUACAAUUCUGUAUUCCCGCUACGGUAACGGUAUUGCUACUAACAGUCUGUCGAAAAUGUUGGCUGGCCUUCUGAUUCCUGGACGGCCUGUUGGCAAUAUGUACUUUGCUGCUUGGUCACACAAUGUGAUCAUGAACGUUGUCAACCUAUGUAAUGAUCUGAAGAUGGGCGAAUAUCUCAAAAUCCCACCCCGCGUGAUGUUCCUGACACAGAUGUAUGGUACUAUCCUUGGCGCUUUUGUAAAUUAUGCCGUCAUGAUUAGUAUCGUGUCGGGCAACAAAGAGCUUCUUACCUCUGGCAAUGGAAACUCUGCCUGGAGUGGUGCGACCUUGCAAGCAUACAACACGAAUGCGACAUCCUGGGCCCUAUCUUCUUAUCUAUACAAAAUCGGUCGGCAGUACGAGCUUGUUCCUCUUGGAUUGUUGAUUGGUGCCGGAGCUGUGGUGGCUCAUCGAAUUUUCUACCAGUUUGUUCCGAAAAUCGGCAAAUUUGACGUCUCGGAAAUCAACAUGCCCCAAUUCAUUCAAUAUGCGGGCUACCUACCCUACAACCAAUCCCAAACCUGCGUGAUCUACAGCUGGGUUAUCGCCGGAUUCUACGUGCAAUACUACCUUCGAAACUGGCACCCCAAGAUCUUCAAGGACUACUCAUAUCUCAUCACCGGCGCAUUUGAUGGCGCCAGCUUGACGGUGCUGUUUAUUCUCUCAUUUGCCGUCUUUGGAGCUGCAGGCUCUGCAGUUAGCUUCCCGACUUGGUGGGGCAAUAACGCAGAUGGCAAUUACGACUGGUGCCCGACGUCGGACUGA